ACGCAACGCUGUAUCAUCAUAAAGAGUCGCUCACUGCUCUCUACCUCUUUCCCACAUCCCACUCUUGUCCCACUCCCUCAUUCAAAUAUCGAACAAGCCUAAUGUCGUCUGAGACCGUUAUACGAGAGGUUGCGAAGGGCGUCUGGACAUUCUCUCGGCCCUUUGCUCGCUUUGGCAUCAUUCCGUUUGGAGGGCGUUCGACCGCCAUUAAGCUGAAAGACGGCGGCGUAUGGGUCUUAGCCUCUACACCUCUAGACGAGGAAACCAAGAGUACGAUAGAUAACCUUGGUCCAGUCAAGUUUAUCGUGUCUCCGGACGCAGUGCAUUAUUUGUUUCUUGGCGAAUUCAAGAAGGCUUACCCUAGCGCGAAGUUGAUUGCCCCGCAGGCAGCGAUUGAACGCUCGAGCGAUAAGUCCCUCGUAUACGAUGGAGUCUGGGGACGUGAUCCACCCGGGACUAAAUACGGAUUUGAAGAUGACGUGAAACAUUGCUACUUUUCUGGCUUCAAGAAUAAGGAUGUAGCCUUCUUCCACGAGGAAUCGAAAUCCUUGAUUGAAGCAGAUCUCCUGCUGAAUCUGCCGUGCAAAGAGCAGUACUCAAAGUCGCCAACUCCUCCAACGCUAUUAGGCUGGGUUGGCGUUGGCCCGUAUUCUUGGCUCCAUCCAAGAAUCACAUGGAGACUGGGUGUUGAUAAGGAAGCCAUGAAACGAGACACCAAGACCGUACUUGGUUGGGAGUUUGACAGGAUUAUUCCGUGUCAUGGAGACGUCAUUGAAACGGAUGGAAAAGAUGCAUGGAGAGCGGCAUAUAAAUUUUAUCUGGACUGAAGGGCGUGGACAUCUCGUAUUGUACUGUAUUUCGAAUGGGAGAAAGGCUACAGGUUGUCUUUUUUUUUUGGAUUCUUGAGAUUUACGUGGAAGCGUAAGGCUUCCCUUAGGUGUACUUUGUGUCUAAUGGUUCCUCACAUCGACGAAAAACAUUGCGAGGCGAUCUGAUGCGGGUGUUGUCGUAAUAUGUACCCCUGAAUAUCUUUUC